AUGGCAGAAACAAAAGAUCUUGAUGCCGGCGUAUACCCGGCACCAACCAAUGAUGAGGAUAAGAAGAGCUUCGAAUCGAGCGAUGGGUCGAAGCCGAGCGAUGAGUUUGCAUCGGAUCCGUUUGAGGUGCCGUUGAAGCGCCAGCUCAAGUCGCGGCACCUGCAGAUGAUUGCGGUCGGAGGGAUUAUCGGUCCUGGGUUACUCGUCAGCUCCGGAAAUGCUUUCCACGAGGGAGGGCCCGCAGGCUCUUUGAUCAGCUUUUCCCUUGUCGGAAUCAUCGUCUUCUUCGUUAUGCAAUCAUUGGGUGAAAUGGCAACGUUAAUACCCAUCUCCGGGUCAUUCAUUGAGUAUGCCGAGCGCUUCGUCGACGAUGCCCUAGCGUUCGGCCUCGGAUGGGCAUAUUGGUGGCUAUGGGUGACCGUCCUCGCCAACGAGUAUAACUCGGUAUCUCUCGUCAUUGGGUACUGGACGGAAGCCGUACCACAAUGGGGGUGGAUUCUCAUUUUCUGGUUCCUAUUCCUUGGGCUAUCCAAUCUCGGCAUUUUAGCAUACGGAGAGAUGGAGUUUUGGCUUUCCUUAAUCAAAGUACUAGCUUUGAUCGUAUUUUUCAUUCUGGCCAUUUGCAUCAGCGCUGGUGGCAUUGGACCCCAGAAGAUUGGCUUUAAAUAUUGGCAUGACCCGGGCGCAUUUGCAGACGGGAUCAACGGUGUUGCCAAGACGUUUGUCGUGGCCGGGACAUUAUACGCGGGUACUGAGAUGGUGGGUAUUACCGCUGGAGAGUCGGCAAACCCUCGGACAGCUGUGCCUCGAGCCAUUCAGCAGGUGUUCUGGCGCAUUCUGAUUUUCUACAUCGGCACCAUCUUUUUCAUAGGAAUUCUUAUGCCUUACAACGAUAAGUCAUUGCUGGGUGCAACUUCCAAAACCGCCAGCUCGCCUUUAACGAUUGCGCUCACCGAGGCGGGUAUUCUCCCCGCUGCGCAUCUUAUCAACGCCUUGAUCGUGAUCAGUGUCAUCUCAGCUGGCAAUAGCUCGCUAUAUGUCGCAUCUCGUGUCCUCCUUUUCAUGUCGCGCAAUGGCAAAGCUCCCAAGUUUAUUGGACAUGCCAACAAGGCAGGAGUCCCGUGGGUUGGACUCAUCUUUACAAAUAUCUUCGCCUGCAUCGUUUUCCUCGGGCAAUCUUCCAGCGCAGGAGCGGUAUACUCUGCUUUGAUCACAUUAUCUGGAGUGGCAACAUUCCUCGUCUGGAGCGUCAUAAGCAUCUGCCACAUUCGCUUCCGACACGCCCUCGUGGCACAGGGUCAAGACCCAUCACAUCUGCCGUACAAGGCAGCGUUCUAUCCGUGGGGUACAUACCUAUCACUCGCAGCCAACAUCUUCCUCGUGUUUUUCCAAGGAUACACGUGUUUCCUCAACCCAUUCAACGCGCAAGACUUUGUGAUCAACUAUAUCCUCCUACCUGUGUUCGCAUUGUUCGUCAUUGUUUAUAAAUUCUGGAACAAGACGAGCUGGGUCAAGCUGGAGGACAUGGACAUUUGGACUGGGAGGAGGGAAUUCGUAGAAGAGGAGUCGAUCAAGCCGAAAACGUGGUGGUCACGCAUUAGCGAUAUUAUUGUGGGAUAA